UUCUUUGAAAUCUCUCUCUCUCUCUCUCUCUCUCUCUCUCUCUCUCUCAUUCUCUGACAUUUACACUCUCUCGCAACUCCCUCUAGUCCUCUGCAUGUAGGCGUGAUCCUCUCUUUGAUCCUUCUCCACAUCGUUCUUCUCUCUCCCCACGAGUUUGUGGCACCCUUUUCGUUCCUCCGGUCUCUGCUUUCAAACCCUAGAUUCCGAUCGCCGAGAUCACCGCCUAGUACUUCGUCGGCUUCGAUCGAAACCUAAAACCCAGACCGAUCAGUCCUUUCCACGCUCUGGGUUUGGGCCAGAUUACUAAAUCCGAGGCGAAAAUGCUAGAUCCCAGCGAGAAAGUAUUGGAUUCGGAAGCCAUGAAGAGGAAGUGCUCAGCUCUAGAUUCAAACGAAGAGAGCAAAAGCAGCAGCAGCAGUAGCAGCAAUGGAAGUGUCAUCAACGAGACGAGGAGCGAGGCGAAGAAAACUUGUGCCGAUUGCGGUACGAGCAAAACCCCUCUGUGGCGAGGCGGUCCCGCCGGCCCAAAGUCGUUGUGCAACGCGUGCGGGAUCAGGAGCAGGAAGAAGAGACGGGCGGUAAUCGCCGCCGCCGCCGGUGGUGGGGGAUCGGCGGAUAAGAAGCUGAGGAAAGGUGGUUCCGGUGGGAAUCAAAACAGAAACCCUAAGAUCGGUGAUUCGUUGAAGCAGAGACUGAUGGAGCUGGGUAGAGAUGUGAUGAUGCAGAGAUCGACGGUGGAGAGGCAGCGGCGGAAGCUCGGCGAAGAAGAGCAAGCCGCCGUACUGCUCAUGGCUCUCUCGUACGGCUCUGUUUACGCUUAGUGGUCGUGGAUGCGCCAUUGAAGGACGAUAGGAAGAAGGCGGUGGUGGUUAAUAAGGAAGAAAUUAGGGUUUUUUGAAUUUCUCUGGUAGCUGACGAAUCAGAAUCUGUAACCUUACCCUCUUCUCGUUGGAAUUCGUUCGUUUAUGUGUUCUUCGAUUAACUCUUCUGUAUCUCUCUUCUACGAUUUGGAGGUGGAUUUUUUUGAAAAUGUAAGAAGAUGAUGGAAGAAUCUGAAUGAGAUUAUGUUUGGAUUUUUAUUUUUA